UCUCAUCAAGACAAGAUUAAAACUCCGACUGUCACGGCCUCGAAGAUGCGACAAUUUUUAUAUGCAUUGCACACGACACGCAAGUUAAAAAACUGAAAACUACGUGCAAAAUGUUAGAAACGGACUGAUUCAUCUCAAGCGAUUUGUAUUGAGCAAAAAUUGAGCUAAACCUGUCGAUCUGUCCGGGCCUGCUGCACACGGCACCCGAACCCUUGAUUUCCGUGACAAUAAUAAUAAUAAACCCACGCCGCACGCCGUAAAAGCAAAACAACCGCCGGCAUGUGUAGACAUGAGCUUUACUUAUUGCGAAGACAUUUUUUGGCACGAAAUUCUGCGAAGUGAGCGGCAGAUGAACAGGAAAAAGGAACACUUCUGGCGCAUCCAAGAGGUCUCAGGGUGCCUUAAAACCAGGUGCCUUAUAAAAGAAUUGGCAGAAGAAGAAUUGGCUUCAACGAUUUUCAGUGUGGCAACGAUGCAAGAAAAACCACGUUUUUGCGAGGUUUAAAAGCAGCAGGCUCAGGAGCCUCUCUCCAGGUUGAAAUCCGAAAUGAAGCUACUAAGCUCUGCUGUCGUCCUUUUCCUGGUCCUGGGCUCUGCCCUGGCCUACAAGAGCUACUCAGGGUACCAGGUGCUGAAGACGGCGCCCCUGACCGCGGCCGCCAUGCCCUACAUCAACAGGAUGAGCCAGCGCUUCGACUUCUGGGGCACCCCCGGCGUCGGAAGGCCGGCCACCGUGAUGGUUUCCCCUGAGGAGGCGCCCGUCGUGGUCGCGGCCUUCAACAGGAUGCGCGUUGCCCACGAGGUCUUGGUCGCAGACCUCGGACCACAAGUGGAAAAUCAGCGUGCAGAGCGAGAGGCGCUGAAGGUUUCGUCGCCGAGCAAGCCGCGCACAGCCUCGUACGACCGCUUCAUGGAAUUCGUCGAAAUCGACGCGCACAUCCACGAAACGGCGGACGGCAACCCUGCCAUCGCGUCCGUGCUGGACCUCGGCUUUUCCUACGGAGGACUCGAGUUCCACGGCUUGAAGCUGUCCAACGGCCAGCCCGGACAGAAGGCCGUGUGGUUCGACUGCGCCAUCCACGCCCGCGAGUGGCUCUCGACGCCCGUCUGCCUGAGGAUCAUCGACGAGGUCCUCGCCGACCCUGCCCUCAGGGACUUGGCCGACUGGUACAUCAUGCCCGUCGCCAACCCUGACGGAUAUGACUACUCCUUCACUGAUGAUCGUUUCUGGAGAAAGACCCGGCGGCCAACCGCUGACGCCAACUGCCCUGGCACCGACCCGAACCGAAACUUCGACUUCCUGUGGGAUGCUGGCAACCCUACCGACUACUGCUCUGAGGUUUACCCUGGCACCGGCGCCUUUUCCGAACCUGAGGUCGCUGCCAUGGGCAACUUCAUCCUGGACAUUGCCGACAACCUCGUGCUCUACGUCGCCGUCCACAGCUACGGAGAGAUGAUCUUGUACCCUUACGGACACACCGUUGAGCCCGUCCCCAAUGUGGACCAACUGAUUGCCGCUGGAACCGCGUCGGCGGACGCGAUCGCCGCCGUGGCCGGCACCGCCUACACCGUCGAGAACUCUGCCUCUGGCCUUUACUUCACGUACGGCGCGAGUGACGACUUUGCGUACGGCAGAGGCGCCGUCGAGUUCGCCUACACGUUCGAGCUGAGCGCCGGCGGAUCCGGAGGCUUCGACCCUCCAGCCUCCCAAAUCCAGCCAACAGUCGACGAGGUCUGGCCCGGAAUGCUGGCUCUUGUUGAAUACGUUCUUGCUAACUAAAUAUUUAAUAAAAAUAUGAGAAGCAGUGUAA